GUUCCUCAUUCUGGCGGACGAGCAUAACAGUCCAUGUCGACCGGCUGACCCACUUGGCUAACCAGAUACUGUCAGCCUGUCUGUCCAGCAGCCUGUAUGUGGAUCUGAGGAAAAACACAGAAGAAUUCUGAGGACUAAAGAAAAAAACUUUUGGAAGUGGAUGAAGUGUUUUCUUCAUCAGGGACACUAACUAAGAGAGGCAGUAUGGGCUGUAUGAAGUCCACGCUGAGCGAAGGUCUGAACGGAGGUGUGGAGGGGAAGAUCGUUCAGCAGACUGUACGUACCGACCACACGCACUAUGUCAGAGACCCCACCUCCAAUACAAAAAGCAACAUAAGUAACUCCCUGUUACCUGGUCAGGUGUUCCAAAAGAUGGAAGAGAAUAGAGGGGUCGGUAAAAUUGUGAUCGGCCUUUACCCAUAUGAAGCUGUGCAUCCUGACGAUUUAGGAUUCAAGAAAGGAGAAAAGAUGAAAAUCUUAGAGGAACAUGGGGAGUGGUGGAAAGCCAAGUCAUUGACAACCAACAAAGAAGGAUUCAUCCCGUGCAAUUAUGUCGCCCAAGCUAACACCAUGGAAACAGAGGAGUGGUUUUUCAAGGGCAUCACAAGAAAGGAUGCAGAGAGACAGCUGUUGGCGCCUGCAAACAAACCAGGCUCUUAUCUCAUCAGGGAAAGUGAGACAUCAAAAGGAAGUUAUUCGCUGUCCAUCAGAGACGUUUGCACCCAGGGGACAGAUUCGGUCAAACACUAUAAGAUCAGGACGAUGGAUAACGGCGGCUAUUACAUCUCUCCUAAAAUCUCCUUCCCCGACAUCGGCGGCAUGAUCAAACAUUACCACAACAAAGCAGAUGGCCUGUGCCGUAAACUGGAACGUGCGUGUGUGAAACCCAAAGCUCAGAAGCCGUGGGAUAAAGAUGCGUGGGAGAUUUCCAAAGACUCUAUCAAGAUGCUGAGGAAACUCGGAGCAGGCCAGUUUGGAGAAGUCUGGAUGGCUUACUACAACAACUUAACCACGGUGGCGGUGAAGACGCUGAAGCCGGGCACCAUGACGGUGGAGGCCUUCAUGGAAGAAGCCAACGUCAUGAAGACCCUGCAGCACGACAGGCUGGUGCGGCUCUACGCUGUGGUCACCAAAACACCACCCAUCUACAUCAUCACCGAAUUUAUGGCAAAUGGGAGCCUACUAGACUUCUUAAAGAGCGACGCGGGAUGCAGACUCCAGCUACCAAAGCUCAUCGAUUUCUCAGCGCAGAUAGCGGAGGGCAUGGCGUACAUAGAGAAGAAGAAUUACAUCCACCGAGACCUGAGAGCAGCUAAUGUCCUGGUGUCAGAGAGUCUGCUCUGUAAAAUAGCAGAUUUUGGACUGGCAAGAGUCAUCGAGGACGACGAGUACUCUGCCAGAGAGGGAGCCAAAUUCCCCAUCAAGUGGACCGCUCCGGAGGCCAUCAACUACGGAUCCUUCACCAUCAAGUCGGACAUGUGGUCCUUCGGAGUUCUGCUCUACGAGAUUAUAACCUACGGGAAAAUCCCGUACCCAGGUAUGACCAAAGGAGAGGUGAUAUCCACGGUGCAGCGCGGCUACCGGAUGCCUCAGCCCGACAACUGUCCCGCCGAGCUCUACGAGAUCAUGAUGUCCUGCUGGAAGAACAAACCUGAGGACAGGCCCACCUUCGACUACAUGCAGAGCGUCCUGGACGACUUCUACACGGCCACAGAGGGACAGUACCAGCAACAACCAUAGAGAGAAAGAAAGACAUUCACUUCAGAUAUGUUUGGAGCUACUUUAGAGAUGUUUUUUUUGUAAUAUUUUGUAUAUAUAUGAUAUACUCUAUACAUGUAUACAAUGCGUUUCUUUAAUAUUUGCUGUAUAGAAUAUGCAGGUUUCCAGAACAUAGUAUAUUGUGGCUACUCAAAGUAACAUGUGUGUUCAAGUUCUGUAUUUAGUGCUUCUUUUAAGCAUGCUGGGGUAUAGAGGGGAUGGAUUUUACACAAAAUUGAUAAAAACAGAUGAGCAUUAUAUGCAACAGAGAUAAAGAGUCUUAAUCAUGUUUUUGGAGUCUCGUGCCAAAGCGUUUUAAUAUUUGGGCAAAAUACUUUUCAUUUGUUUACGGAGGGACUGAAACAGCUGACAUUUUACAAAUUCUUUGCAAAGGCAGGACAGAAUAUGGGAGGAUUUGUGUGUUGAUUUCUGUACAAACUGAGCAAACAUUUAUCGAUUAUUUCUUUGACUGGUUAUUUAAAAUGCUGAAUUGUUCUUUGACCACAUGUGUUCAACAAACUUAAUGUCCAUCUCCUAGGCUGUAAUUAAUGGCAGCCUUUCUCAAAAAGAAAAAGUUAAGUCUUCUAUCUGCCCUGUGUUUGUAAAUCAGCAUUAUAUGUUGUGAUUUUCCAUUAUAACAUUUCCUUUGGGUUGAUAAUCAAAGAGAGUUUUAGAUCAAAUCAUGAUCUACAAAAAUAUAUGUCCUUUUUACAUUUCAUGACUAAUGAUUUCAUAAGCUGCUCUGACAAUGUGACCCCUAGAAAAAAGAAAGUUGUUUGAGUUGUUUCUGUCUGUUUGCUGUUUCAUUGACCAGUAAAGGGUUGAUACCCUCACUUCAUAUUGAAGUGCUGUAGUUCUUGCAUGUUUGUUGUGUUUAUUUCUUUGUUUUAGGAUCUAGGUGUAGCUAGUCUGGACUUUGAAGUUGCACUUGGUUUGACGUUGGAUGGCUCUUGGUGAUCUUGAGUAAAAAUAGGUUCAAUUUAGACAUGAUUAUAAAUGCACAGAAGAGUGAUACCCUGUAGCCCCUGUUUUACCGAUUUCGGUCAUUGGAGCCAUGAGCUGUUUAUUUGUCAUGUAAUGAUUUGAGUUGUAUAUUUUAUAUUUGAAAUGAGAAUGUACACAUGUUGUAUGGACUAGAGGUGUAUGCAGUAAAGUAUAUUCUGGGUUGGAUGUUGAGAGACGUAGUUCUCUUACUUCCCCACUGAUUCUGUUGAUUUUAUAAAGAACAAACUGCUCAUAA